CACAAAAAUCAACCUGAAGAGAUGAGAAGCUAAUUGAAGCUGUUGACUCGUUUUGAAAGUUGUUCCCAAUUUGAAAAUUGGGUGAGCCCCAGUCCAAUUCACUCUUUUGCUUGAAAAUUGGGUGAGCCCUAGUCCAAUUCACCCUUUUGCCUAAGUGAGGCCAGGCGAGAACAUCUCGUUGUUCUUCAAAAUUCGGCUUCAAUGUCUAAUUUCCUCUGCAAAACCCUACUUCAGGUUCGGCAUCUCACCACGAUUUCGCCAUAUCCAAAGCUCCGCUGUGUUCAAUCACUCCACUUCAACUACAGCACUGUCGCUUCCGAUUCACAUUCUUUUACGGUUUCGUAUCUCAUAAACUCAUGCUCGUUGUCUCCUGAAUCUGCUUCAUCUGCUUCAAAGCUCGUUAGCUUCACUUCUCCUGAAAAACCAGAUUUGGUGAUCUCUUUCUUCAAGAAUCACGGCUUUUCUAUUGCUAAUAUCUCGUUCAUUAUCUGGAAAUACCCUCGGAUUCUGCUGUCUAAUCCGAAUGGAACUCUUUUGCCUAAGCUUGAGUUUCUUUACACCAGAGGUGCUUCGAGUUCCGAAGUCACGAAGAUUAUUUCCAAGGCUCCGAAAAUCUUGAUGAGAAGCGUUGAUGAACAUCUGGUUCCUGCUUUUGAUUUUUUGAAAGGUUAUCUUGGAUCUAAUGAGCGAACUAUCGCAUCAAUCAAACGCUUUCCGAGUAUCAUUGCGGAUAUUCACCAAAAACAAUUGAACGGAUCUGUUAGAAUGUUGCUCGACGCCGGCGUGCCUGAGGCGCGUGUUGUGUUUUUUCUUUUUUACCAGCCGAGAAUGUUCACUAUGGCUCUAGACAGGUUUAGGGAGAUUUUGGAAGAUGUGAAGAAAAUGGGAUUUGAUCCAUCGAAAUCUAGCUUUGUUCAAGCUGUUUUUGCUAUACGAGCAAUGAGCAAAUCGACAUGGGUACGGAAGCUUGGUAUUUACAAGAGGUGGGGUUUAUCUGAAGAACAGAUUCUUGCUGCAUUUAGGAGCCAUCCAUGGUGUAUGACAUUAUCAGAGGAAAAAAUUAUGUUGGCAAUGGAUUUCUUUGUCAACAAAUUAGGCUGGGAAACUGCAGCGAUUGUCAGGAGUCCUUUGCUGCUUUCAUUUAGCUUAAAAAAGAGAACAAUUCCAAGAGCUUCAGUACUGCUGUUUCUGUUUCAGAAAGGUUUGACUAAGAAAAAAACCAUGUUGGUAAAACCAUAUAUGUACACUGAAACUCAGUUCUUGCAGAAGUUUGUUCAUCCUCAUCUGAAAGAGGCUCCUCAGCUAUCGAAGCUGUAUCGUGAAAAUGUGGAUGGUGGGAUAAUCGAUUAUGAAAUUUGAGGCUUUCACUUUAUACUGUUAUUGUGCAUUUGAGAAAGCAAGAGUCAUUUGAUGAAGCAAGCUUAAAUCAGUUGCCUGUAAAUUUUUGUUCUAAAAUGUCUAAUGCUUUUGAAAAUAGUUUCAAAAAAGUCCAUCAAAGCAAUAGGUUCUCGUUGGAUUAAGAGAAAAUGACGACACAAAAUCCAAGUAACCUUCAAGGGAGUUGAAGGGCUAUAAAACGUAGAUGUUGUUCUGGUAGUGUAACUGCUGGUAGUAUUCUGCUGAUGAAUUUUGGUGGAAAAUUGGCAGUGAUGCAACUUUUGAAGGCCCCAUCCAUCAAAAUUGUCUGUCAA